GUGUAUAUAUAUAUACAGAUUCGCGGUGUAGCGACGCCAGUCGCGUAAAGAAUUCCGCGAGUCUAGUCCGUCCACGAUACUGACUGAUCCUCCAAGUGAUUAUCCGAGAAGCCCGUUUCCACUAUUUCCGAAGAAAUAUGGCUUCGAAAACUGAAAAGAUUGGAAUCAUCGGAAGUGGCCUGAUUGGACGUAGUUGGGCAAUGCUAUUCGCUGGUGUUGGCUACCAAGUAACCAUCUACGAUAUUGUUCAGCAACAGAUUACAAAUGCUCUAGAAGACAUUCGUAAGCAACUCGACACUCUGCAGAGCAAUGGCCUCUUGCGCGGAAAUUUGGACGCUGACAGUCAGUUCAAAGCCAUUAAAGGUUCGACUAGCCUGGAAGACACCGUCAAGGAUGCCAAAUUUGUCCAGGAAUGCAUUCCCGAAAAGCUGGACUGGAAGAUCAAGCUCUACACUGAUCUAGACAAGGUCGUUGACGACAAGACCAUUCUCUCGUCUUCGACGUCCACUUUCCGCCCCUCACUCUUCUCCGAAAAGAUGAAACACCGGAAUCAAGUCAUUGUUUCCCAUCCCGUAAAUCCACCAUACUAUGUGCCCCUCGUAGAGAUCGUACCCUCUCCAUGGACUCGUCCAGAAAUUGCAGUUGCAACACGAGCAAUCAUGACCGAAAUUGGUCAGGCACCCGUUUCGCUCAGCCGUGAAGUCGACGGAUUUGCGCUCAACAGAAUACAAUACGCGAUUUUGAACGAGGCGUGGCGAAUGGUGGCUGACGGUGUUUUGGACGUGAAGGAUAUGGACUUGGUGAUGAGUGAAGGACUUGGCAUGAGAUACGCGUUUUUGGGCGCCUUUGAAACGGCUCAUCUGAACGCUGAGGGAAUGAAGAAAUACUGUGAAACCUACAAAAACACCAUAUACAGCGUCAGUAUGACGAUGGGAGCCGUUCCUAAGUUCGAGGGUGAAGUCGCCGACAAGAUUUCCAACCAACUGAACGCAAUCACUCCCAUCGAUAAACUGCCAGCCAGAAGAGCGUGGCGUGACGAAGCUCUGACCAAGCUUUCGAUACUGAAAAAAGAGCUUGACAGUAAAUGGAAGGACAGUCAAUAAUUUUUCUGAUAGUAUUUCACGCGUGACAUUGACAAAAGAAACAAUUUUCAAAGCGAUUAUACGGUUUCACGUUUAAAGAUUGUUUUCACAAUUUAUACUUUUUAUUUUGUUCUUGGAUUUCAUUCAUUU